AUGGCAUCGAACAUUAUUUCAGGAUAUUCCCCGACCAACGAGGAAUUGAGGCAGCUCUACAUCGGAAAGGACAUCGGAGACGUUCCCAAACCAGCAGUCGUUCUCGAUGUCGCAAUCAUCAAACGCCACUGUCAGACCAUGCUGCAGACAAUAAAGCAGCUAGGCGUAGGUUUCCGGGCCCAUGUCAAAACUCACAAGACACCGCAAAUCGCCCGUCUCCAAGUCUGCACAGAGUCCAGCGACGCCAACUUCGUCAUCUCGACGGUCGCCGAGCUGGAGUCUCUUCUUCCACUACUCAAGGAGCUGCGGCUCCAAAACCGCCGUGUGAACGUCCUCUACGGCAUUCCGCUCGUCCCGUCACAGGUCCCUCGCCUAGCUGCAUUAGCUCGUCAACUACGCACGACUGACCAUGAUCCCCCCGUCUCGCUCAUGAUCGACCAUCCAGAUCAACUAGCCUAUCUGAGCCAGUUCCGCGAGCUCGCCGGCCUCCCCGCAGGUAUCUUCCUCAAAAUCGACACUGGAUAUCACCGAGCCGGUGUCCCGCCAGACAUGCUCAACAAAAAAGGACUUCUUGAGAAAGUCUUACAAGAAGAGAGACUACGCCACGCUAUCCUGAUUGGGAUCUACUCCCACAGCAGCUUGAGCUACGCCGCCACUAGCCCGGAAGAAGCCAUAUCCUACCUGAAAACAGAGAUUGAAGGGUGUGUACGGGCGCUGCGCCAGCAUGCUUCCCUCCUGUCGGACAGGGAGUUGGUUAUUAGCCUGGGCGCAACACCUCAGGUUGUCUCCGCACAGAGCUUAUUGCACGAAGAUGCUUCCCUAACUCCUGAUGCAAAGGUAUUGAAGGGCCUUUUGCGGGAUCCUAGUGCGCUGAUGGGGGGUAGGCUUACGAUAGAGUUGCAUGCGGGGGUGUAUACUCUCCUCGAUAUGCAGCAGCUAGCAACGAAUGCGCAGAGCUCGGGUAGCUUUGAGGAGGAAAUCGCCAUCUCGGUGAUUGCUGAAGUGUGCAGCGUUUAUAACGAGGGGGAGCGGGAUAAGCCCGAGGCGUUGGUGGCGGCGGGGACACUCGCUCUAGGCAGGGAACCGUGCAAGUCGUACCCCGGUUGGGCGGUCGUCGGGAAUUGGAGACGCGAAAGCGAAACUGGCGCGUCGCGUCUGAUUGUCGAGCGGAUCAGUCAGGAGCAUGGGAUUGUCGCAUGGGAGGGGGGUAAUGGGCCGGCAAUCCCGGUGCGGGUUGGCCAGGCUGUGAGGCUGUAUCCGAACCAUGCGUGUGUCACUGGUGCGUUGUAUGGGUGGUACUUGGUGGUUGAUUCGAGCGAGGAUGGUGAAGGAUCGAGGAUUGUGGAUGUCUGGACGAGAACAACUGGAUGGUAG